GCUGACUGCCAGUGCACGCGCGUUCUCCGGUGCUGACGGAACGGAACGUCCUAGUCUGCGUGCCCGACCCUUUUGUACAUACAGCCAGUGCUCCGUGCGCGCGUGUUCAUUGUGUGCUCAUCGCGGGAUCUUGUCCACGUCUCUUCGGAGGAAGCAAGGAACGUUGUCGCGGCGACAGAGAGCUGUCCGACUGCUGCUGAGGAAUCGGCUUUCGCCCGUUCAACAUGCUAUCCCGUCCGGGCGAGGCGGUCGUGCUGGUGACGGGAGCCACGGGCUACGUGGGCUCACACAUUGUGAAGCUGCUGUUGGAGGAAGGUGAGCUACGCGUCCGGGCAACUGUGCGCAACCUCGAGCAGGAGGACAAGACCAAGUUCCUGCGUGAGUUGGUGCCCGAUGCUAAGCACCCCAUUGAGCUGGUACAGGCGGACCUUCUCAAGGAGGACACCUGGAAAGAUGCCGUGAAAGACUGCACCUAUGUGGUGCAUGUGGCCGCCCCAACACCACACUCUUCGCUGUCUAAGGACAAUGAUCUGCUCAAGUUGGCCGUCGAUGGCACCAAGGCUGUGCUGCAGGCCUGCGCUGACUCGGGCUCUGUCAAGAGGGUUGUCCUCACCAGCUCCAUCAGUGCUGUCUUUGAUCAGUCCCAGCCAGCAAGUGCCCUGAGUGAGCGUGAAGGCAAACCAUUCACAGAAGCUGACUGGAGCAAUGCCGAAUCUGCAACCCUGGAUGCCUAUGGAAAGGCUAAGACCCUCCAGGAGAAGGCUGCAUGGGACUUUGUCAAGGAGCUGCCAGAAGAGAAGAAGUUCGAGCUGGUGGUCAUUAAUCCUGGACUCUGCAUUGGACCCCUGCUGCAGAAGACAACCCAUGGCGUGCCCACUAGCGUGCUGCUGAUCAAGCGCUUCAUGGACCGGUCGAUACCGCUGGUGCCUCCAGCAUCACUGAGCGUGGUGGAUGUUCGUGACGUGGCACGGGCACACGUACGUGCACUCACUGCGUCGGGAGCAGCAGACAACCGCCACAUUGUCACCAACCAGUGCAUAUCUGUCAAGGACAUGGCCACAGCACUCGCAAAGGAGUUCAAGCCACAUGGCUACAGCAUCUCCACAGCCGGUGCACCAUACUUCCUGAUGUGGCUCAACAGUCUGGUGGACAAGAACUCCAAGCUGCUCAUGUCCAAGCUGAACAAGCCAAGCACAUACGACAACGCCCGCAUGCGCGAGGUGCUCGAGAUCGAGCCCCGUGAUGUGCAGCAGUCGAUCCUGGACACCGCCUAUAGCAUGAUCCAGUUGGGUGUCGUGAAGAAGUCCAAGAAGAUGAAGAAGCAAGAGCUUUCGACCGAAGGAGAGGGCCAUGUGAACGGUGACCUAAAUGGUGAAAAGGCCGAUGAUGAGAAGGACGAAAAGAAGGAAGGAGACGACGAAGAAAAGGCCGCUGACGAGAAGAAGGAGACGCCAACCGAGGACACCAAGAAGGCCGAAGAGGUCACUAAGAAGGCUGAUGAGGUCAUUGCCGAGCCCCCGCAGAACAAGGAGCUCGAGCCCGAAGACAAGGUCGAGAAGGCAAAUGGCGAUGUUGCGGAACCACCGCCACAGCCUGUAGAGGUGGCCGCAAACUGAGUUUGGGAGAUGCAACAUAUACACACUACACAUACACUCCUUUUUUUUUGUUUGUUUGCUGCCCCUACCUUUAAUGUGGGCAGGAAAUGCGAUUGUUUUAUUCUGUGCUGCAGACCACUGAAUUGAAUGCAUCAGGGGAGAGAGAGGUGUUAUGUUCACCAGUGUAGAAGCGUCAUUGCAACCACUGUGGGCUAUCAAAAUUGGUAGCAGAAAUGUACAGAGUGCAUGGUGAGCAGGAGGUGCGAGAAUUUGUGCAUCUGCUUAUCGUUAAAAACAAAACAUAAAAGGAAGCAAACUAUGCAUCAGUAACAGUUCCUUGACAGUAACUUACAGAAGUGAGCGCUGUCUGGAAUUCGCAUUCUUUAAUGGAAUCAGCAUUCUUGACAUGGGUGUUUGUCAAACAAGCAACAAUGCACAGAUGAUGCCCAUGGUGAAUCGGUCUCUCUCGUGAAACGUUUCUUUCAGUGUCUCUUUCGAAAACGGGAUUUUGGAACACUCUUGCGUUGUUGUCUGCGGAUGACAUUUUCGUGGAGUCUCAACACUUGUCGCCUCGUAGAUCCAUCCAUAGAGAAACUGGGGCUGCAUUAGCGCUCGUUGAUUCCUCAGUGCCAGACAGAAUCAGCGCAACUGUAGCGAACAAUGGCGCUGUUGUAGAAACCUGCCAUCGCUUAACUCUGCCAGUAUGAUCGUAGCUUUGUUGCUUCCACGAUAUGCUUAUGGGACAAAGAAGCUUCCCGCACACUUUUCUGAGAAGCUGGAGAAGGAAAAAAAAUAUGCAAAAGUGAGCACGGGCAUGAAUGAGACACCAUCGGACAAAAAGGCAGAAAAGUAUUUUUGAUCAUGACAUAUUUUAAAGAAAUUUGAAAGAUAGUGAAAACUUUUCUAAACUCUGAAUUCAGAAAGCAAGCGCAGGAUGUCUUUUGUAGAGAGUAAAAAAAAAAGUGAGCAAAAAAGCUUGGCAGUCAAGUUCAUCAUGCAUCACACCACAAAAUCAUAGGCGCACUGUACCCUGCCAUCUAAAUGGUUUCAUUUAGAGUAUAGACUUCAUGAAAAUGGUACUUCCAAGGUGAACAACUAGAAGAUGUUUCUUGUCUUUUUAGGCUCUCGUGAGAUCUGAGAGUGGGAGGCAGUCUGAGGUGACAGAAUGUGAACACUAUGUGCCAGUGUUUAAUUUUUCUUUUAGCUCCUUCUUUCUGAGGGCUUGAUGCACCUAUGUUUGGUGCACACACAAUUUUUUUUAAAUUUUGAACUGUUUUAGCAUUAUUGGUCUAGCAUUACCGCAAUGCGCUGAUGACAGUGUUGUUUGUCACCAUCGCCUGUAUUUUUGCGUUUUACGUUCACGUACCUCUUUCUAGACCGCACUUGGAACAAAAGUGUAUACAACAUAUAUCUUGUGCAGUUUUAGCCUUUUCAGUCUGUUAUUUUCGUCCAGGAGUUUGACAGCUGUGCUGAAAACUCUUGUCAUUGUCCUGUGGCUAAUUCCAUCUUGUCACCGACUGUAGAACUGCUCUAAAUGCUAUAUAGAAGAGUUACAUAUAACAAGCUUUCAUUUCUUUAUGUCAUCACGAUUAUUUUAACGGUUCCCCAUUACAAAUAUAUGUUAUCAAGGCAUGGUUUGCCCGUAACACAUGGCAUAGACGAACAAACGGGCUGUGUGGCCGUAUGCUGGGGAAAUGUUUGCUUCUCAAGCCAUCGAACUUGUGAGGUAUAUUUGCCUGAUGCUCAUCACUAUGCUGUCGGAAAAGUGUUGUCCACGAUGACGUCCCUCUAUAGAGCGAUGUGUCGGAUCGACUAUUUUGCUAUAUAAAAUUAUUUGAAGCACUUCCAUCGGCACCUUCUUCCGCAUACGUUCCAAGGUUGCCGUUAUUAUAGUUAUUAUCUUGUAGUAAACUUCCGCCUUCCUUUUAUGACCUACAUCUUUGUCAGUAAAGGGAUGGGUGUGCUUAUAAUUGCAGCUGUUAAGAAAGAGUGAAAACGGAAAUUUGCUGGAAAUAUUUGGAGUUAUCAGUUUGUUUCAUAGCGUGAAGGACUCCAUGCCUACAAUAUCCCCCGCUAUCUUGUUUCCCUCAGCUGUGUACCAUGGCCUUUGCGAGAUGUGGAGUUGACGGUUGCUUUGACUUCAGUGACAAAGUUCAAGUUGGUUGUUGCUGUACAGCGAGCAGUGACAGCUCUGUAUUUGCGUGUGACGUGCUCUUUCUCUUGGUGCGACAUGCUUGUGUGGCAUGCAUUUCUAUUUUCUUGUUUGUUUCUCUACUAUAUGCAGCUGUGUAAAUAAGUUUUAAUGCUGUGUCAUCGUCAGGGUUUGUCAGUUGUGGACCCUGCAACUUCUACCCUUUUCCUGCUGGAAAAAGAAAAGCUUCUUCAAGAACCUUUGAAUAGACCACGGUGCUGUACUGCAUCUUGUCUCCCCACUUUACACGACUUUCCGCAACCCUCCGUAAACAUUGCUCCCGUAACUGUACUGAGUAACGUUCAAUGUAUGAACACACCGACUGGCGAGUACAGACACACAGAACUACCCACAUACACACUCGUGCAUCUCUGUCAGUGCGUUGAUGUUGAGAUCCAGUUGUGCAAUGCUGCGAGUGGUAACUUGCUAGGGUUGAAGCUUGGGCUUAGGUAGGCAAGUGGUCGGGGCUUGGGUUUGCGAGCAAAAACCCUUUGGCAUUAUGCUGUCCCUUUCAGAAACACUGAAGCAUUGCACGCCGGUCCCUCUCAUUCCUUUUCACAUCCCAUCCGAGCGAUGCUUAAUUCUCUGUACAAGAGCUCUCGUAACAUUAUGUUAUUUUGCUUCAGACCCUUUAUCAGUUGCGAAGGCUAGGACUUGAACGGUCAGUGACGCAGCAAUGGUGUCGAGCCUUGAGCUUUGAAACUUUUGGAGGCUUUGACAGCUGUCCCCGUACAAUGCACUGCAUCUUGCACUUUCCCUUUGUCUUCUCUAGGAACCAAAGAUAACGUUGAGGUGACUGUUACUUCAAGAACUAACUAGAUAUAGAUGUCCAAUGUUGGCAAGAUUUAUGCAAAAGGAUAGGAUUACUAAAGCAUUUUUUACCGUACUCUCACGUGGGGGUUUUAUCAACCAGAUAUGGCAGUAUUACGAGAGUGCUGUUCACAUAUUCAAAAUAUUCGUGUAUUGCUACAUUGCUAUGACUGUAUGUCAGAUUAAGGUGUUAGUACGCAAAACAUUUGAUACCAUGCCAUUGCCAAAGUGGCCAUGCCAGCUAAGCGACGUUUUUUUAUAUGCAUAUGCUUUGAGCUGUUUGAGAAGCCUGAAUGUUUCGGACUGUGCUCAAUUUUUUACACGCAUCAGUAAGCAGAAGUUUUGAGAUGGAUGGCUGCAUUGACAGCUGAACAUUUACAUACAGCACUUACCAAACAUAUGCUAUAUGGUUGUAAUUGCUAAGUGAACGGUUAGCCAUAUAUGCACCUUUUAAAAUCGUAUACCUUUUACACAGGUGUAGGAACAUUACAGGCGGCUUUGAUAUCAAAGUCUUGCUCUUUUCUUUUUCUUUUUCUACGAGUUUACUUUUGAUAUGUGCCUCGUGUAUAAUGGCACACUGUGUUUUUACUCAAUUAGAAUAAUAAUAGUGAAUGGAAGUACAGAGGGAAGGUAAUCGAGGCGUGUGAUAUUUCUUCAGAUUUUAAUUAGCGUGUGUAUAACUAAGGGGCCAAAAUGUGGAGCGUAUUAUGUUCGGUGCAUGCAGUUGACUGAAAUGUACCACUGAUUCAUCACAGACUCACUACAUAUCCAUCCCUCAAACUUGCUUUCUCUGGUAGUCUCAUAUAAAGGGUGAUGAAGUCAGUAGGUUCACAGAGAAAGUGUCUAUCAAAAAAAAAAAAGGCUAUUUGUUUCAAUGCGGCGCUUAAGGUCCCACGGUAAAGAAACAUCGUAAAUACUUGUCUAGCAUACGAGAAGAAAACGAUGAGUCAAAAUUGGGCAUCAGUUGUGCAUAGAAUAUGUGGAUGCGGUGAUGCUGCAGUUUGUGUGCAAGUUAAUGUAAGCACUGCAAAAUGAAGUCUUCAUCUAAGUGCCCCUCUUAAGCAGCAACAGACCAGACUUCCUUGAAUGUGUAGUCGCUUUGCGAACUUUUAUGCUGCGGGUGCAUCAUUUUCUGGUGGUACGCCUCAUUCCUUCUUUUGUGUAAUGCCGCGAGAUUUACUGAUGAAAGAUGGAAAAGUAAGCAACCUUCAUUUGCAUCUGCACAAUUGCGUGCACUGUGUGCUCUUUGGCUGAAACGUGCUACAUAACUCACCCAUACCCGCUCCAACUUGGGUGCCUCUUGUGGCACGAGGCUUCCUGUCAUGGUCAACCUGUCGUUCAUCAAAGUCUUAUCUUUUUCUCGACCAAAGCCAAAAAAAAAGGUCUCUUCAGCCAUGCAAAGUGCCAGCGUAUUUCUGGCUCAAUCUAACGUGAGGAUUAAUAUGAUUGAAAUCACUACCGACAAAUUACUGCCGUGUUAUAUAACUGUCACUGGUGGUGCUAUGCUGAGGACCGUAUGCUUGAGGGUCUUGUGCUGACGUAGGAAGGAAUGGAACUGGAGUCCUCUCGUCCUCUUUGACUGCCCUGCUAAAAGGUGGUGCUUCGUUCACCUCCAGUGAUUAGCCCUAGCUUUCUACACCUCUCGCGCAGACCAACAACACUUUGAGCCAUUUUACCGAAACUCUUUUUAGACGGCAAGACUGCCUUUUUUUUUCUUGUAAGAUUUACUUGAUUACCAAGCACUAGUCAGUAGAUGGAAAAAAGUUUAUGGCAGAAGUAAGCAAGCAACAAGAGGUCCUUUGAUGUUUAUAUUUAUGUGUGAAGCCCCCGAUUUGUUUCACGUGGACUUCUCUACCACUCUGCUGCGUACGUCGCGUUCAGUUUACCAUCCUUCCCGAAGCUGCCAUGUGUUGACACACCUUUAGGAACAGAGCGACACGUCUAAACUUUCAGCGAGCGAUACAAAAAAAAAAGCGUACAGAGAAGACACACUAGCUGCUCUCACCCUGCAAACAUUGUGUACGUGUACAGAGAGCACAGAGUAUAUCGUUUGCUGUGUGACAUAUGCUUUUCCUUAUCACCUCGGAGCUCUUUCUUGUCUGUUCCUCCACCACAUUUUUUCCAUACUCCCUCACGUAAGGGACUACAGAGGUUCCACAGUGCAUGAAAAAAAAAAAAAAACUGUGCGAGGCGAUGCUGGUACGAUGAUAUAUUUCAUGCUGUUUGUUUCAUUUAGCUGUCUCGACGAACACGACACCUUGCUCUUACAGUUUUUCUCAACUCUUUGAUCUCUUGUUUUUAUUUCUUCAUAUGCUUUCUUUUGCACUGCAAUCUGUGUGCUCAGCUUUGUAAACUCCAUAGAAAAAAAAAACACUACUUCUACCAGUAGAUGUAUACACAGUCUCCUCCCGUGUAUUUGUAUGCUUGUUAAUAAACGAGGAAAAGAAA